AUGGCCAACAAUAUAUCCAUGGAUAUUGAGCGAGCUAGAAGAUCCCAGGCUCCGUCACCCGAGCCGAUUCUUGCGGAUCGGACAGCAAGCGCAAGUCGGGAGGCACUGGCAGGUUUGUCUUACUCAAUGUACUUCACCAAGGUAGACUCGGCUAACCGCAACCUGAAGAACUCGCGGCUGAAGCGGCCAAACUAUCCCGUAUGA